AUGUUGAAACAAUUAUUGGUAAUACUGUUCUCUGAGGUAAGUAAUGCGCAUUUUACGGACGAUUUCAAUACCUGGCUCAUGGAAGUCUAUGGAUCUGAUGUACAGACAACAUUGAAUAGGGCAGACCUAGGUCGUAUGGGUUCCUUUGGUGGCAAACAGUACCGAGAUCAAAUGUUAACAAAUGAUCCGAUCGUUUUUGUACACGGUGUCUCGAAUACUGCUGGAGAACAACCUUUUAUUGGUGCAAGUUAUUUCUUAGCUUUUGGUUACGACUGGUCAGAGCUGUAUGCGACGACAUAUGCUAAUGGAGCAGAAGGUAAUCCAAUGCAGUGGGCCAAAUAUACGAUGAAUUGCAAAUAUGUUAAACAGAUACGAGGAUUAAUUGUGGCUGUACGUCUGUAUACUGGUCGUGCUGUCGAUGUUAUUGCAUAUUCUUUGGGUGUACCUGUAGCUCGGAAAGCUAUCUUAGGAGGUUUAUGCGUGGACACUAAAGAGAAUUUGGGAAAUCCAUUGACAAGUUCUAUUGAUACAUUUGUUGGUAUUGCUGGACCAAAUCAUGGCGUUAUGUUAAAGUUUGGUUUUGCUAGUGUUCCUGUAUGCAUAUUCAAUUUAAUACCUAUUUGUAAUCAGAAUACCGGUCUUUUCUCUGGUAUAUGUCCAUUGGAAAGUUCUUUCUUGAAGGAUAUAAAUUCUGUCAUUGGAUAUGAGGGAAAGAAUAUAUUUACGAUUUAUAGUAAAGGUGAUCAAUUGGUUGGAUACAAUAUUUGUGGCAAGAUAACCUCCCAAAUAACCGGUCAACAUGGUGAAAAAGUUUAUAACAAAAAGGAUCACAACGAAACAUUUCGUGAUUCAUUGCCAGUUCAACUACAAAUGAUACUCCAUCAUAUCGUGAUAUGA